AUGAAUAACAACAAUGUUUCCCAGGGGCACACUGGGCCUGUUACCACACAGGGACCUGUGGGCCCAAAUGCUCCUACUCAGACAUCAACUGCUCAAGCUACCAACAUGAACAAUUUGAGCAACCCGGUUUUUAACGGCAAUCCAAAUGGUCCCCAGGGCAUUGCCACCCAAAAUGCUCUCCCUGCAGGCCCAGUUUUCGUAAACAACCAAGCUCAAGCUUUGCCUGUGCAGAAUGCCAAUCCUGGUCUUCUCGCAGGUCCUUUUGUUCUGAACCCCCAAGCUCAAGCUCUCCCUGUGCAGAAUGCCAAUCCUGUUCCUGCCACAGGUCUUUUACCCCUGAAUCCUCAAGCCCAAGCUUUCCAUGGGCAGAAUGCCAAUCCUCUCUUGCCCCCGAAUCCUCAAGCCCAAGCUUUACCUCUGCCGAAUGCCAAUCCUGCUCCCUUUCCUGCUUUGCCUCAAAACCCUCAAAACCCCCAACACACCAACCUCAGCGACCCUUACUCUAUGGCCGGAUAUGGACCCCAAUACGCACAGCCACUCAACGGACCAUUCAUGGCGGGGACUGGCGGGUUUGGUAUACUUGGAGUUCCGCAUGGUGGUGCAAUUCGCAGAGAUAUCCCAGGAGGAACGUUUAGCCCUACUGCUCCUUACACAGAUGCGCGCUUUCUGGCUGCACACCAAGGGGUUCAAGGCAGCACCACUGUCCAUGCCAAUACCAAUGAUCUGAUGUUCCCAGAUCGCAUCUCUUCUCCUAGUGUGCAUGGAUCAAUCCAGAGAAAUAGCCAAAUUCAAGCUGCCGAAGGCCUGAUAUCCGGGGCUAGAGCCCCUCCUCCUGGCUUCCGAACGCGCACUAUCCCUCCUCGAUCUCACUAUGAGGGUCCAUAUGUGAACGUUCGAGAUACAGUGAGCGUUGCACUAAGUAGCCAAACACCCUACCACGAUGCUUUGCAUCAUCAGCGGGUCCGAAUCUGGGCUGUCAGUUCCUGGCUCCAUGAUUGUCGGGAUCGUCAACGAAUGUUUCGUUCUGGAAACCAGGCGCCUGUCAACCCGCCUGGCCAUCCUAUUGGUGUUCAGCCUCCCAACCAGCCUCCCAACCAGCCUCUGAAUCCUCAAACCUCAGCCCAAGAAUCUCACAGCCUUUCUGACGAAGAGGUGCAUGAUGCUCAGCCUAGGGCAGCUGGGCUCGAUAGUCAUGAAGCUUCUGUUCCAACAGGACCGCCUCAGCAUUACAAUGAAAGAGAUCUUCUCCAGGCACGACUGAUCCGAGUGCAGCUUGUUGCUGGCAUUCCUCCUGAUGAAGUCAUCUCCAUGGACAGCUGGAGCAGAGAGCAAGCCCGGUUGGGUGAAAGAAGAUCAUUCCUUCCGAGCGUUUUAAGAGUGCAGCAAUCGAGUGGAGAUAUCUCUAUUCCUGAAAUCACCCCUGCACGAUUCCAUGGGCGCAUUGAGCCCCUUCCCCUCAGCCCGGAAGGCUGGCUGCCACCUCUUCCAACUCGCCAGCCUGCUACCACCGUCCAGAGCAUUCACUUUAGUGGAUCUCUUCCCAGGCCCCAGGGGGUACAUGAUGCCAACCAAGAUGCUUCUGGAUCAAACGCAGGGGCCUCUGGAUCCAACUAA